AUGAGAAUACCUAAAUUCCGCACUGUCAAAACAGAUCCAUUGGCGAAACUCCUCGGAAAUAAAAGCGAGAAAGCAUACUUGUUCAGGCAUUCACAGUCCAACUUUCAUUCUCGCCAUGCUCACACGCAUCCUUCCAAUCAAAUCCUAUCUCCUGUAACCACUCCACCCAUCUUCCACGACUAUCUUCGGCUCGCCUCUUCCAACAACACCCUUUUGCUUCUGCUGUUCACGACCUCCUCAUGCGUGCCUUGUCGAACCAUCUCACCUCUUCUUGAAUCCCUGAUCACAUCUCGGACCCCUCAGCCAGUGGAUCGCUUCUCCAGCCUUGCACUUGCUGAGGUAGAGCUUGACUCGCCUGACCACAGUAAUGGUACUGUGGCUGACCUGGGUGUCGAAUAUGGCAUCAGCAGUAUACCCAGCUUGGUAGGGUUUGGAGGUAGGAGGGCCGAAAGGGUGACUGAGAAGCUAGACGACACGAAAAUGAUGGGAGACAGAGAAAGAAUGAAGGCGUGCUUGGACGAAUGGAUGGAGAAAGGAGACCCAUCUGGGCCUGAUACAGGGAAUAGUUCCGGGAGUAUCGGUGGGAUUCUUGGAAGGUUGUUUGGUGGGAAUUAA